AUGUUCUUGUUUCUUGUUCAUUUUUUCACCUUCUUUGCCAGCAUUUUAGCAGUCUUUUCGGCCUCAUUGCCUCAAGAUGCUGUUCAUCUAUUUGGUUUUCGAAGCAGUCUUCCAGAGCCCUCUCAACAACUGCUUCCUUGGAAUCAGUCUGUCUUACACUGCCAAUGGAAAGGUGUUUCCUGCUAUUCAGACAGAACUACUCAUAUCGAAUCAUUGAAUUUCAGAGACUUCCUUCUAUCUGGAACCUUGGACAAGGCCUUUCCCAAUCUUUGCCGGCUUUCUCACUUGGUCUACCUUGAUCUCAGUGGCAACCACUUCACUGGUGGUAUCCCCGCUAUGCUCGCAAACUGCAGCCAACUUGACACGAUUCUCCUCAACGACAAUAAAUUUUCAGGAACCAUCCCACCAGAGAUUUUCAAAUCAAGCAAGCUUAUAAAACUUGAUUUGGGUUUCAAUCAGCUCAAUGGCACCAUUCCAUCUGAGGUAGGCCUCUCUGCAAGCCUUCAAUAUCUUGGGCUGUGGAAUAAUUUCCUUAGGGGAAAUAUUCCAAAGGAACUCUUUGAUUUGCCAAAUUUGACAGAGCUCUACAUCCACACAAAUAAUCUAACGGGACCUCUCCCGGACUUCCCAUCCUCGUGCUCACUUUCCCUGCUUCUUAUUCAUCAGAAUCGCUUCUCAGGUUCUUUGCCAAUUUCCCUAGGUAAUUGUCACAACCUUACUGCAUUCUAUGCAACAUCUGCUCAUCUUGGAGGAUUUAUUUCCCCAGAGAUUUUUAGGGGCCUUUCAAAUCUCGAAUAUCUCUAUUUAGAUGAUAACAACUUUGAAGGGGAAAUUCCUGAGACCUUAUGGAAUGGGAGCUUACAAGAGUUAGCUCUUUCCUGGAAUAUGUUUAAUGGAAGCAUAUCCGAAAAGAUUGGUGGUUGUCAUCAGAUAACUUACAUUGAUUUGUCAGUCAACAAAUUAACUGGUUCCAUUCCUAGGUCUGUCGGACGUCUGAAGAAUUUGAGCAAUCUUCUUCUGUAUGAUAACAUGCUUAGUGGUUCCUUACCAGCAGAGUUUGGAAACUGCACUUCUCUUGUUGAAAUCAGUCUCGUCGGCAACUUCAUCAGUGGGGAAAUUCCUGCAGAGCUUUGCAACCUUCAAACCCUAGUAACAUUCAAUGCAUUCAAAAAUAAAAUUCAGGGCCAAAUUCCAGAUUGCAUAGGCAGAAUAAGCGGGCUGCAGGAGCUAGCUCUUUAUGAGAACCGAUUGACCGGCAAGAUACCACCUGGAAUUACAAAUAUGACGAAACUUGCAUUUCUUUCUUUGGCUCAUAAUAACCUUACGGGGGAGGUGCCACCUGAACUUGGCAAAAAUAAUUUUCCUGGCUUAAUUAAGGCUUGGAGUCCUGACUCUUGA